AUGCGGUUCCGAACUCAAUUGAAGAAUACGAGGACCUUCUCUAAAUUAACUGCCUCGCUGUCAUCACUGGGCAAAGUAUGUUGGAUGCGGCUGGAAUACGACGUGGUCCGCUUCACCGUGAUCCCAGAGCAAGGUACCCAAGUCUGGGCACAGAUCCCAGUUGUACGUGUCAAAUUGGUUCUUGAUUUGAUUCCUCAAGUCAAUCUCACUGACUCAUCCCCCAAGGACACCAUCUUCGAGGAAUCAUCGUAUCAAUUAGAAUCCAACUCGGAUGCCAUCAAUAUCGAAAUCAACAUCAGUCUUUUGAACCGUGCGCUACGGUCAACAUUCGGCGCUUCAUCCUCGCAAUUGCGUCUGACAAAGAAAGACAAGAUGCCACUGCUUGCACUCACAGUCCUCACAACCGAAUGGACCGAGGGUAACAUGGCCCUUGCCACAGACGAAUCAGGCGAGCAAAGCCACGCAGCAGGCCCAUCUGCCCCGAAUGAGGUAGUCGGUGACCGGCGAGCGCGUGAGCGUGAAACAUGGAUCACGCAAGAAGUCCCCAUCAAAAUCCUACACGAAGACGUAGUAGAAAGCCUACACGAGCCGCAUUGCCCGGAUCCAGACGUAUACAUCAUUCUGCCGAACCUGAUGCAGUUGAAAAGUAUCUCAGACCGAUUCACCAAACUUGCCUCCACAGACAGCAAGGGCCGACAAUCUGGCAUUGUGGUUGCGGACCCGGCGGCCUCUACCACCGGCGCCACGGCUCUUACUACCAACGCUGCCCCAAAAUUGGAGUUGUCGGCCAACAUGCAUGGAAAAUUACGCCUCGCCAUUGCGACGGAUGAUUUGCGCAUUGCGAGUGUAUGGUCCGGACUCGUGAAUCCUCCUCUGGACCCUGCGCAUAUCACGCAGGAUCAGGCUUCUCAACUCCCUAGUGAGAGAAUGCGCGAAGCAGGCGACGAUGAUGAGGCUGGAUGGGCCAAAGUCAGGAUCGAUGGGAAAGAUUGGGGUCGGGUGUUGAGCGUGGGAAGAUUGAGCCCGAAGGUCGUUGCUUGCUUCAUAAACGACACCGCGCUGGUUUUGUAUGUCUACUUACCCGGCAGUUGGAAUGGCGAAGAAUCAUGCCUGACUUACUAUAUCAAUUCCUUUACGACGUGA